GUAUGGGAUUUGGGGGGCAUUCCUUGUAAGCAUGCAUGUAGUGCCAUAAUAGCUCAGAAGCUGGUUCCUGUUGACUUUGUAGAUGGAUGUUAUUCACAAGAGUGUUGUAAGAAUGUGUAUAGGGGUUCAAUACUAGGCACAAAUGUUCCUUCAUUGUGGAGACAUGCCCUAUUUGUUCCUCUUUUACCUCCCAACUUUGGGAGGGGUGCUGGACGGCCUUCAAAGGCAAGAAGAAGAGAUCAAGAAGAGCCUAAAAACAAAGGGAAAAAGAGAAGUGGAAAACAACCAAUGAAUAUGAAGAGACAACAACCAACUGUGAGGUGCAAAAAGUGUGGCAUGGCUGGCCACAAUGCAAGGUCUUGUGAGAAAAGAAAGGAGAAAGACAUGAACACUCUAAGCCAAAACCAAAGUCAAGUAACUCAAGAAGUGGACAACUCUCCAUUGAAAAGGGCUUUUGAUACAAUUCUUGAAAGGAAAAGAGCAAGAGCUGCUGCUGACAUAGGUAAAAGGAAAAGGGCAAAGAAGGCCACAGUUGGGACAAAACAAUCCUCACAAGUAAGUGUUCAUUACGCUCAUUUAAUUAUCCAUUUGUGUAUAACAAAUUCACUUCUGAAACCAAUUAUUUUUAACCAUAUUUCUUUAACUUUAAUUCAAUCAUUUUUUCAAAAUCCUACACUUUUGCCACCAGUGAUAAGCCAUGAAGAAGAAGAUGAGGAGCUGCAGUCAUUGUGUGAACUCAUUGAUGAGUAUGAAACCCCUAAAGUUGCCAAUCAGCCCGGGCCUACCCUUUAUCAACAGCUGCAGAGUUCAAUGCAAUCAAGAGAUGAAAACUAA